CAACAUUGCGGAGAGCUCUCUUCCUCUCUCUCACGGUAGUCGUUGCUAAUUUGACAGUUCAUACCAAGAGGAAAAAAGGAAAAUAGUCAGAAAAGGCCGAGUUUUUUGAUAUUUUAUAACAAAACUUAAUUAACCAAUACAAAGCUAAUAGAAAAUAGUUGUAAUUUCUAAACAAUACCCCUACGUAGUGAAUCCAACAACAAGAAAAUGGGUGGUGUGUUAAGUUACUUUCGUGGCUUAUUGGGAUCACGGGAAAUGCGUAUUUUGAUCUUGGGUCUUGACGGAGCUGGCAAAACAACAAUUUUAUACCGUCUGCAGGUGGGUGAAGUGGUGACCACCAUACCGACAAUAGGUUUCAAUGUGGAACAGGUUACAUAUAAAAAUUUAAAAUUCCAAGUAUGGGAUCUGGGCGGACAGACAAGUAUACGACCCUAUUGGCGAUGCUAUUACAGCAAUACAGAUGCCAUUAUAUAUGUGGUUGAUUCGGCGGAUCGUGAUAGAAUAGGUAUUUCCAAAGAUGAGUUAUUGUAUAUGUUAAGGGAAGAAGAACUUGCCGGUGCCGUAUUGGUAGUAUUGGCUAACAAACAAGACAUGGAAGGCUGUAUGACUGUUGCCGAGGUCCAUCAUGCUUUGGGCUUGGAAAAUCUCAAAAACCGCACUUUCCAAAUAUUCAAAACGUCGGCGACAAAAGGUGAGGGCCUUGAUCAGGCCAUGGAUUGGCUUUCUAAUACAUUGCAGAGUCGCAAAUAGUCUUAUUUAUAGAAGGAAAACCCCGUAACGUAAAUAACUUUUGCAACAACAAUUCAAAACAAAUAAUUCCUUUUUUUUUGGUUAAUUAACUAAAAGCAUUUCAUUUAAUACAACGUACCCUACACUUUUUUGUUUAUAAUAUUUAAGUUAUUAUUUAAAAGAUAAAAAAGAAGAUAAAGCAACAAUUAACUAAAGAUUUGUAAUAACAAAAAAAAAAAGAAAGAUGAUUUAUAAAAGCAA